ACCGCUGGCAGAACGCUAGUGUCUCCGGUAUGAGAAGCGCGUCGAGAUGACCAUCUGACUGAAGUUUGAAGAAGCUCGCUCUUAUUCACUGACUUUGGGGGAUUCGUUCGAGCAGAACAAAACAAGAAGGAGCUGAUGUUUAUCCCACGGAUCUACUGGACAGCACAUACACGUGACAACAUCAUCUCCCACAAAUCCCAGGACACUCUUCCUUCUAUGUGGAUUAAAGUUUAUAUCAGGGAAACUAGAGCUUAAACAACUGGGAUUUUUCCCAUGUUCUGUAGGAAAUGAGACUUUGGCAUCUGUCUUUUCUCUCUACAUGGACGAAAAGCCAAGGAAAGUGUACUAAAAGCUGACCGACAGGAUUAAGUUAAUUUACAAAACUUACAAAAAACCCAAAGAAGAGCCUGAUGGUGUCAUAUGAUAUGGACUAAUUGUACUCAGUCAGAGCGCCCAGCUGCAGCACUUUGGCUCCUGAUGAAACUGAUGUUUUUCUGCAUAAUUCGUAGUCAGUUUGGAGCCGUUAGCCCUCCCGCACUGUGUGUCAUAGCAUGUGGUUUGGGCUCAACAUCCACAGCAUCUUAAUUACACAGCCGAACCGAUUUAGACCACAGAGGAAACAUCACUACAUCUGGAGAUAUGCUGCCAUGUAGAGGGAUGCACAACGCUGGAGACAUCUGAUCUGCUUUCCUCACAUUUUUGGUUCUCUUUACCUAUGCGAUUACCCAAAAGAAGCCCAAGAGAUCCCGCUCUCUCUCACACAUGCACCUAGUAAGUUUUUGAGUAUAACGUCUGUAACCUUUCAAGUGCUUCUCUUUCUCUCCACCACUGACGUCCCAUUCACACAUCCCGCUAUAAUGAAGCCUUUAAUUAAUGAUGCACAGGUUCAAAUUAGCCUGGUUCAGUGACUAUCCAGGGCCGUUGGUCCCUGCAGACACAGUGACCUUUGGAGAGGGCCAGACUGCUGCUCUGUGGCCAAGCACCUUCACACACACACACACACACACACACACAUAUACACAUACACGUACGUCUACCCUUGAGCCCUUGGCAGUAAAUAGUGAAUGGUAAAUGUCAGUGCUCUGGCCAUUGAAUUAUACAGUUUAUUUGAAUAAGUAUUAGAGCACCACAAUCUCCACCAACAGCUUGCCUCUGUCCACACAUCAGCCUUCACCAAGCUGGGAAUUUUCUCUUUGAUUAGCGGGAUUAUAUUGUCUUUUAUCUUGCGCUUGCUCUGUUACUGUCUCUCUUUUCCUGUUCCUUGCAGCGGCAGCCAUAAGGGUUGCACCGACACAUUUGGCUGGACUACAGAGCAGCGUUCCACGUGGAUAAAUUAGUUUAUUUCGUGUCGGGGUUACACAUUCUUGCCAUAUAUUUUUUUACAACUGCACGGCUCGUGGAAGAUGACAGGAAAGACUUAAAAGGGCCUGAUGCACCUUUUAAGAGCAGCAACAAAAAUUAGUAAAUCAUCAAGAGGGAGUGAGGGCUAGUUCUUCACAGAUAGCACUGAAGGAAACGCUCAACUCCCUCCACCUGCCGGCUCCGAGCGAGCGAGAGCUAGAAUUGAGGUCUCUGGCAGACUGGCAGUUGCAUCCUCUCCUGCUCUCUAGCCUGGUGGUUUGUUGAUGCAUAUGCCUUGAUUUCCGCGUUCCUCAGCCCUCCACCUCUGUGCCCGUAUAAUGCUCUGUUGCCGGUGUGCCGUCCUGGAGCCAUGCCCAUCCCCGAGAUGGCUUUGAGUCCGGUGAAGUCUCUGUACUGGGAGGUGUUCCCCUCCAUGGCCACGCAGCGGGUGUACUGCACGCCCGUGCUCUGGGCCGGGCGCCUCUACGUGCUGGGGGGCUGCAGUGAGAACGGCCUUCCUCUGGACUCUGUUGAGGUGCUGGAUCUGGAGAGCCAGCGCUGGUGCGAGCUGCCCCCUCUCCUCACCGCUCGGGCCGGGGCAUCCGCCGUGGCCGUCGGAGACCAGCUGAUGGUCAUGGGAGGCAUGGACGCGCAGCAGAGCCCGCUGGCCUCAGUGGAAGUAUAUCACCCUGAUGAGGGCAAGUGGGAGAGGAAGACGGGACUGGGGCAGCCCUCUAUGGGCAUCACCAUGCUGGAGAACGAUGGCAAGGUAUAUGCACUGGGCGGGAUGGGAGCCGACACGACUCCUCAGGCCUCAGUGAGGCUGUAUGAGCCGACAAAGGACCAGUGGCUGCCCCACACCUCCAUGCCCACCCCGCGCUACGGAGCCUUCUCCUUCCUGCACGGUAGCAAGAUCUAUGUUCUGGGUGGGCGUCAGGGCAAGCUACCAGUGACCGCAUUCGAGGCCUUCGACCUUGAGAUGAAGAGUUGGACGCGGUAUCCGUGCAUCCCCAGCCGCAGAGCGUUCUCCUCAUGUGCUGCCAGCGACAGGGCGUUUUUCAGCCUGGGGGGUCUUCAGCAGCCUGGACCCCACAACUUUUACUCCAGACCUCACUUCGUCUCCACUGUAGAGGAAUUUGAUUGUGAGCAGGGUGUGUGGUUGAAAGCCACGCGGAGCUGUCGCAUGAGAGAGAAGCGGGCAGACUUCGUAGCUGGCUGUCUCGGUGGACGGGUCAUCGCUGCGGGGGGACUCGGUAACCAGCCAUCCCCACUGGCGUCAGUGGAGAGUUAUAACCAACUGAAGAGGAGAUGGGAACCCGUGGCUCCCUUACCUAGCCCUCGCUGCUCCUGUGCCUCCAUUCAGACCCCCAACAUGCUGUUCCUCAUCGGAGGGGUGUCCCAGGGUCCCAGCAACGCCGUGGAAGCCCUCUGUUUGAAAGAGACAGUCUGACACACACAUACACACACUAAUGAACAACUACACAAAUCCUCACAUGCUGUACUUUCCGGAGUGUAAGCUCUGCAAACACACACGAGCAUACUGACGUCAAGCUGACGUGUAUGUCUCCGACAAAUAUUCACAGACUUUCCCCUCAGAGGACGCAUCAGCUUUAUACUUUGAAUAGUGGAGAAAAUCUACUGGAGCUUGGACAGCGUUCCACACCCCUGGACAGAAGAGUUUUGGA